AUGUUGUGGAAGCUGCUGAUGAGAUCCCAGCCCUGUAGGCUGUGUUCUUUCAGAAAGAUGCCAUCAACUCCAAAAUAUAGACCUGUCGUAGCAUGCUUCACCUACACAACUGAUAGACUGUCAAGCAAAGAAAAUACAAGAACCGUGGAAACGCUCUAUAAAUUUUCAGUUGACAUUAGGAAAAUUCGUAGAUUAAAAGGAUGGGUACUUUUAGAGGAUGAAACCUAUGUUGAAGAAAUUGUGAAUAUUUUACAAGAACUAGGUGCCGAUGAGACUGCUGUAGCCAGUAUUUUGGAACGCUGCCCGGAAGCCAUUGUUUGUAGUCCAACCACUGUUAACACCCAGAGAAAACUCUGGCAAUUGGUCUGCAAAAAUGAGGAAGAGUUAAUCAAGUUAAUAGAGCAGUUUCCAGAAUCUUUCUUUACCAUUGAAGACCAAGAGAACCAGAAGCUGAAUGUUCUAUUCUUUCAAGAGUUGGGACUAAAAAAUGUGGUCAUUAGCAGACUUUUGACAACUGCAUCUAAUAUUUUUCAUAAUCCUGUUGAGAAGAAUAAGCAGAUGAUAAGAAUUCUCCAGGAGAGCUAUCUAGCCGUAGGUGGUUCUGAGGCCAACAUGAAAGUCUGGCUACUAAAACUGUUAAGCCAAAACCCAUUUAUUUUGUUAAAUUCUCCCGCAGCUAUAAAGGAAACACUAGAGUUUCUCCAGGAGCAGGGUUUCAAAAACUUUGAAAUUCUCCUGCUUCUGUCUAAACUCAAAGGAUUUCUUUUUCAACUUUGCCCGAGAAGUAUACAGAAUAGCAUUUCCUUCUCUAAAAAUGCUUUUAAAUGCACAGAGCAUGACCUGAAGGAAUUAAUUUUGAAAUGUCCUGCCCUUUUGUAUUAUUCUGUUCCAGUUUUAGAAGAGAGAAUGCAAGGAUUAUUGAAAGAAGGAAUUUCCAUAGCUCAGAUAAAAGAGACGCCAAUGGUUCUUGAAUUAACACCACAAAUAGUACAGUACAGGAUAAGGAAACUCAAUUCCUUAGGCUACAGAAUAAAGGAUGGACAUCUGGCAAAUCUAAAUGGAUCAAAAAAAGAGUUUGAAGCUAGUUUUGGCAAAAUUCAGGCCAAAAAAGUAAGACCAUUAUUUAACCCUGUAGCGCCAUUAAACGUCGAAGAAUGACAUACUGACUGAUGUUGCUUCUUUCUAGCAGUGCAGGGUGAAACUAGCAAAGACAAAAAUUCAGGCAGUUUGUAGGCACCUGUAAUUUUAAGAACCUGCUUACCUUCUGAAUUGUGUUUAAGUUAUCUCUAAAUAGAUAAAUUCUGACUCAUUUGCCAUAUUAUAAAAUGUAAACUGUAUUUAUUUUAAUAACUAAAGUUGGUAACUUUUACCUUAAACCAUUAUUUCAAAAACUCAUGUACCAUUAAAUGCCAUAUCAGUUUGAUACUUUAUAA